AUGAUGGCGAAGCUAGUGCUCUUCACCGUCAUAAUUAUCGCGAUUCUCUCCCACGGAACCGCCGUCGAUGAUAAAUGCGCUGCUUGUAACGCCGUCGCGGAGGAAUUGGAGUUACAGCUUUUGAAGGAAAAACCACGGAACCAUCUUGAUUUGAGAAACCGACUGAAUUCUAAAGGCCAGCGUGAAGGAAAGGUUAUCGAUUACAGAAUAAGCGACCUGAGAGUGGUGGAUUUGUUGGACGGGCUGUGUGAUAGAAUGCAGGACUACACUCUACAAAAGGUGGAAUCUAAGAAUAGACAAUGGGUCAAAGUGAAUAGUUUUGACAAUCUUUCAAAUAAGCAAGAAGCUAAAGCGCAUGCGAAUGACAUUGCAACUUAUUGUGGAAGAUUGCUGGAGGAAACUGAAGAUGAGCUCGGUGAGGUUAUAAAGAAUGGUUCCCUAAAAGUAGGAGACGCCAGCAAGGUUUUGUGUCAAACUUUAAGUAACCACUGCAGCAAAUCAAGUGAAACAGACUCAGAAGAUGAGGACGACGAUGCAGAUGAAUUAUAG